AUGUCCGACGUCGCAGGAUUAUUUAGGGCUGGCGGUGCUGGAAAGAGGAAAGUUGACGCAGUACGGGAUCCCAAUGAAAUAUACAAGUCAGCCAAGCUGAGCGCAGCUGAUGCUGUCAGUCGACAUGCGAGCGCAGAAGAUACAGCAGAAGAUGAUGAUGGUGUCACUGUCGGACCGCCACUUGCACCUGGAGAUAACGAGGACGACGACUACGGACCUGAAAUGCCCCCCGAUGACGAAGAAGGCCGAUUUUUUGGCGGAGGGAUCACACAGCAAGAAUCUGAGAUACUCGACUACGUAGACGGCCGCGGUGAGGAGUCUAAUGCCCCUGACAAGAUCGACGCUGGUUGGGUCCGGAAAACGGCACUCAACUUCGAAAAGCGCAUCACCAAAAACGCCGAGCUACGCGCAAAGUUCGCCGAUGAUCCACAAAAGUUCAUUGAAAGCGAAGCUGAUCUCGACGCCGCUAUCAAGGACCUAUCCAUCUUAGCAGAACACUCCGCAUUAUACCCCCAGUUCGUGAAGUUAGGAUGCGUUGCGAGUCUGGUUGGCUUGCUGGCCCACGAAAACACAGACAUAGCUAUCGAUGCUGUCGAAAUUAUCGGCGAGCUCAUUGACGAGGACGUCAAUGCAGCUGACGAAGACUGGGACUCUCUCGUCGAUGCGCUUUUGAAUGCGGACUUGGUCGGCCUACUUGUGUCGAACUUCUCCCGUCUGAACGAGGAUGAUGAAGCAGAUCGCAAUGGCGUCUAUUACGCUCUUGGAGUCAUAGAGAAUUUGUUGUCCAAAACGACGAACGCGGAAAAGGUGGGACAGAACACGAUGCUGGUUAAAUGGCUUCUGGAAAGGGCACAACGCCAGGAAUUCCCGGUAUCUCAAAACAAGCAGUACUCUGCGGAGCUCCUGGACAUCAUUGCGAACGCUUCGCCGGUGACACGGCAGAAGUUAGCUGAAAUGGAUGCCGUCGAUGUCUUGCUGCAGCUGGUGUCGGCGUAUCGUAAACGCGACCCCGAGAAAGGAGGCGAAGAGGAGGAAUUCAUGGAGAAUCUUUUCAACGCGCUCGUUUGCAUUGUAGACGAGCCGGAAGGCAAAAGACAAUUCCUUGAAGCCGAAGGUAUCGAACUGUGCCUGAUCAUGCUCAAGGAAGGCAAGAUGAGCAAGCAGCCAGCGAUGCGUCUUCUUGUGCAUAGCGUCAACGACGAUAUGAACGGUGAACUUUGUCGGAAGGUGGUGGACGCCGGAGGUUUGAAAGUGCUUUUCUCAACCUUCAAAAGGACGACGCAGCAACAGCGGGUGAUGACGGAGAGCCUUUUCGACAUAUUCAGGUCGCUGUUGCGUUUUCUGCCUGCUGAUUCUGCCGAGAGAAUCCGUACAUUGGCCAAGUUUGUUGAAAAGGACUACGAGAAGCUGGAUCGGCUCUACGAGUGCAGAACAAGAUACACGUCUAGGCUCGAUGCGCAGGACAGGAAGAUCCAGCAGGAACGAAGUCGUCUGAGUGCCGAAGAGGUCGAGGCCUUGGAGGGCGAAUGGUUUCUGAGGAGAAUAGAUGAAGGUCUUUACAGCGUCUGGAACAUCGACGUGGUUUUAGCGUGGCUUAUUGCCGAGGAUGCUGGCGCGAAAAAAAAGGUACAGAGACUAUUGGCCGCAGACGGCAAAGGGCUGGCGGCCAUCAAGGCGACACUGGAGGAGUACCAACAUGACCUUGACUUAGAUAGGCCAGAGCAUAAAGACCUAGCGGAUAUGCUCGCAACGCUCAUGGACUUCUUACACUAG